GCGGCGGCUGGCAGUGAGAGGCGGCAGCGGGGGGUUUGGCGAGGCGAGACUACUCUACAGCGAGUCAGCGACGCCGCUCAGUGAGACACGGCGGGUCAGUGACAUUAGGUGUGGAGCACUCGGUCCCUCGCACUAGGUGAAAAUGCCAAGCUUCAAGAGCACCUCAGAUCAAGCAGGAUGGCCACAGGAUGUUGGGAUUCUUUCCAUGGAGGUGUACUUUCCUGCUCAGUAUGUUGACCAACAGGAGUUGGAGGUUUUUGAUGGAGUCUCACCGGGGAAAUAUACAAUAGGUCUGGGACAAACAAAGAUGGGAUUUUGCUCUGACCGGGAAGACAUCAAUUCCCUGUGCCUCACUGUCCUCUCUCGCCUCAUGGAAAGGACUGGCAUUGGUUAUGAAAAUAUUGGUCGGCUUGAAGUUGGAACAGAAACAAUAAUUGACAAAUCAAAGAGUGUUAAGAGCUGCCUAAUGCAGCUUUUUGAGGAGUCUGGUAACACUGAUGUUGAAGGUAUUGACACAACAAAUGCGUGUUAUGGUGGAACUGCUGCUCUUAUCAAUGCCAUCAACUGGGUGGAGUCCAGCUCCUGGGAUGGUAGAUACGCAGUGGCCAUUGCUGGGGACAUUGCUGUGUAUGCCACUGGAGCAGCACGACCUACAGGAGGAGCAGGGGCAGUUGCAAUGCUGGUGGGGCCACACGCACCACUCGUCAUGGAGCGAGGAUUGCGGGGAUCACACAUGUGUCAUGUUUAUGACUUUUACAAGCCUGACCUGUCUUCAGAGUAUCCCACUGUAGAUGGCAAGCUUUCUAUACAGUGUUACUUAUCUGCCCUGGAUGCUUGUUAUCGGACAUUUUCCCGCAAGGCUGCUGCUAAAGAACCAUCAUCUCCACCCAUGUCAUUACAUCAGAUGGAUGCUUUUAUUUUCCAUUCACCGUAUUGCAAAUUGGUGCAGAAAUCACUUGCAAGAUUAUGCUUCAAUGACUUUCUUAAUUGCCCAGCUGACCAAGUAGCAAUACGUUACCCAGGACUUGAAGCAUUCAGAGAGAAGAAGCUUGAAGACACAUAUUUUGACCGUGAUGUUGAGAAGGCCUUUAUGGCUCACAGUCAGGACUUAUUCUUCUCCAAGACUAAACCUUCUCUGCUAAUUGCAACACAAGUUGGCAACAUGUAUACUCCCUCACUGUUUGGUGGACUUGCCUCUUUCAUUUCUGGGAACUCAGUUGAGAACCUGGCAGGGAAACGUGUGGCUUUGUUUUCAUAUGGAUCAGGACUUGCAGCUACCAUGUUUUCAUUGCGGAUAACACAAGAUGUUGGGCCAGACUCUCCACUGACACACUUUGUUACCUCCUUGCAAGAUCUCCAACAACGUUUAGAUGCACGAUACAAGGUUUCUCCACCUGAAUUUGCUGAAACCAUGAAGUUAAGGCAAGAUACACACCACAAAGCACCAUACAAUGCUGUGGGUAGCAUAGACCGGCUGUUCCCAGGAACCUGGUACCUGACCAAGGUGGAUGAGAUGCAUCGCCGUCAGUAUGAGCGGCGGCCUCUGGUUGGAGUUUCCAAUGUUGCAGGUAAUGUGGCCACAGUCCACAUGAAGGAAACAUCAUCAGUAACUGGAGAGUCUACACAACAGUUACAUGUGUAAAAAAAGUUCUUGUCAUGAAUUUGAAACAUUACCAGUCCUUUUAUUUUGUUCAGUUUCAUAGGCAUGUAGAUCUUUAAUAAGACAGGUAUGUGUACAUGUGUAUCAUGUACUUUCCAAAAUAUUUACCUCUGGUUUCUUUGCCUGGCUGAUCUAGAAUAAAAGCUGGGGCACAAUUUGUAGUUGUUGUGUUGAAUAUUUUUUUUUUUGGCAUUAUUUUAUUGUAAACAUGUAGGAUGUGACAAGUUUGUAAUUUGACACGAAUGCCUAAUUACAAAAAUGUUAUAAUUUUUAAAUUUGUUGGAGUAAUGAAAAUAACUCUAGUUCUUGAUAUCCAAAUAUGGCAUUUCCCAUCUCUGCUCGUUUGGGAUGAUGCCCUCUCAAAUUUACCAAGAUAUACAUACAUAUACAUAUAUGUAUACAGUGGAACCUCAGUUCUCAAACGUAAUUCGUUCCUGGAUGCCAAUUGAAAUUUGAAAUGUUCGAAAACCAAAACUAUUUUCCCCAUAAGAAUAAA